AUGGCCCAGUUACGAGACAAGGUGUCCAAAUCACGCAGUGAGUUUCAGAGAGCUUACCGUUCGCCACAUAAGGGCCAGAAAAACGAGCCUGCUAUGCCGACCCAGGGAUCGUGUCAUGGAGAAGAGAAUGUCAUAGAGAAGAGAUCAACGUCACCUACUCACAGCUGUGUGUCCCUGGGGAGUGAGGCAUCAAAAGAACACAACGAACCCGACUUCAGAGAGGGAGAUCUGCCCUCUGAGCAAAGAGACAAGAUAAAGAAACACUGCUGUGUGUUCGAGGAAUGUAAAGGCGUGAAAAAUCAUGCUCUCAAAAAGAAGUUUCAUGAAGAUCUGUUGUACAUCUUCUCUGAACUUGAGAAAAAAGUAAUUGCAUUUAUGAAGCAUGAGUUGGAAAGGUUUAAAAAAUUUCUGAAAAAAGAAAACAUGAAAUACUAUGACGGGGAAGCAGAUGACAACUACAGAGCCAGAGAAGGGGCUCUGAACAUCACACUACACUUCCUGAAGAAGAUGAAAGAGAAUGACCUUGCAGAUACUCUGGAGAAAUGUCCAAUUGAGAUGUGUCAGCGUGAGCUUAAAUCAAAUCUGAAGAAGAAGUAUAAAUGUGUAUUUGAAGGAAUAGCAAAGCAAGGGAGCUCUAAACUCUUGGACAAGAUUUACACAGACCUCUACAUCACAGAGGGCGGAAGUGGUGCAGUCAAUAAAGAGCAUGAAGUGAGACAUAUUGAGAAAGCAUCUGGGAGUCUAGAAACACAAGAGAAAAUGAUUGAGUGCAACAAUAUCUUUAAACCAUUACCUGGACAAGACAAAACCAUCAGAACUGUGCUUACAAAGGGAGUUGCUGGCAUUGGAAAAUCAAUCUCUGUGCAGAAGUUUAUUCUGGACUGGGCAAAAGGAAAUGCAAAUCAGGACAUCGAGUUGAUUUUUCCACUUUCUUUCCGGGAGCUGAACUUAAAGGUUGAAAGAUACAGUUUUAUGGACAUUCUUCAUCAGUUUUUCCCAGAGACGAGAGGAUUUACGUUUGCCAGAAAUAAGAAAUACAAAGUCCUGUUUAUCUUUGAUGGUCUGGACGAAUGUCAACAUCCUCUGGAAUUCAAGAAAAAUGAGAUCUGGUCUGACGUAACUGCACCAACCUCAGUGGAUGUUCUUCUGACAAACCUCAUCAAGGGAAAUCUGCUUCCCUCUGCUCUCAUAUGGAUAACCACCAGACCAGCAGCAGCCGGUCGCAUCCCACCUGACUGUAUUGACCAGGUGGCUGAGAUACGUGGGUUUAAUGACACACAGAAGGAGGAGUACUUCAGAAAGAGAAUCACUGAUGAGAAACUGGCUGCCAGAGUCAUCUCACACAUGAAGGAAUCAAGGAGCCUCUACAUCAUGUGUCACAUCCCAGUUUUCUGUUGGAUCUCAGCCACUGUUCUUGAAAGAAUAUUGGAAGAAACAGACAGUACUGACAAACAGCAAACCCUAAAGACACUAACACAAAUGUACUCAUAUUUUCUGAUCUUUCAGACCAGACAAAAGACUGAGAAGUAUGGUGAGAAAUAUGUUUUGGACACACAGUGGGAUGAAAAGAGCAUUCUGGCUCUGGGACGUCUGGCUUUUCAAAACUUGUUAAGAAACAAUCUGAUCUUCAGUGAAAAGGACCUGACAGAGUGUGGCAUUACUGUGAAUGAUGCAUCUGUGUACUCAGGAAUGUGCACGCAGGUCUUUAAAGAGGACUCUGGGGUGUUUCUUGGUACUGUGUUCCGCUUUGUACAUCCAAGUAUUCAGGAGUUUAUUGCUGCUUUGUAUGCGCACAUGUCUAUCGACAAAUACCAAAAGAAUGUUUUUGUGGACCAGGACACAUCGCCAGAGAAAGAAAGUAACACAGUGAUUGGAUUGCUCAGGACUGCAGUAGACAAGGCUUUAGAGAGUGAGACUGGACAUCUUGACCUUUUUCUCCGCUUCCUUCUUGGUCUCUCACUGGAGUCCAAUCAGAAGCUCUUACAGGGUUUACUAACACAGACAGGAAGCAGCUCAGAGAGCAAGGAGGAAAUAGUCAGAUACAUCAAAGACAAGUUCAAAGAGAAUCCCUCUGCAGAGAGAUCCAUCAAUCUGUUCCACUGUCUGAAUGAACUAAAUGACAAAUCUCUAGUGGAGGAGAUCCAAAACCACCUGAGCUCUGGAAGUCUCUCUAGUGCCCAGCUCUCACCUGCUCAGUGGUCAGCUCUGGUCUUUGUGUUGCUGACAUCAGAGGAGCAGAUGGAGGUGUUUGACCUUAAAAAGUUCAUCAGGUCAGAUGAAUGUCUUAAGAGACUCCUGCCAGUGGUCAAAGCAGCCACAAAAGCCUUGUUGUCUGACUGUGAAUUAACAGAGGAGAGCUGUUCAGCUCUAUCCACAGUUCUCAGAUCAGAUGUGUCCACUCUGAGAGAACUGGAUCUGAGCAACAAUAAAAUACAGGAUUCAGGAGUGAAGCAGCUGUCUGCUGGACUGGAGAAUUCACAGUGUAAACUGGAGAAACUGAAUGUGGAGUGUUGUGAUCUGACUGAGGACAGUUGUUCAGCUCUAGCCCCAGUUCUCAGAUCAGACUCAUCCAGGCUGAGAGAACUGGACCUGAGUCACAAUAAACUGUCAGAUUCAGGAGUUGAGAACCUGUCUGCUGGACUGGAGAGUUCACAGUGUAAACUGGAGAUACUGUGGUUGCAUGACUGUGAAUUAACAGAGGAGAGCUGUUCAGCUCUAAACACAGUUCUCAGAUCAGAUAAGUCCACUCUGAGAGAACUGGAUCUGAGCAACAAUAAAAUACAGGAUUCAGGAGUGAAGCAGCUGUCUGCUGGACUGGAGAAUUCACAGUGUAAACUGGAGAAACUGAAGCUAAAUGAUUGCAGCAUAACAGAAGAGGGCUGUGAUGCUCUGACUAAAGCUCUUACAUCAAACCCCUCAUACCUGAUAGAGCUGAAUCUGAGUGGGAAUAAACUAGGAGACUCAGGAGUGAAGCAGAUCUCUGCAUUACUGAAGAAUAAUCACUGUAAACUGGAGAAACUGAAGUGA